GUUGUUCAGGAGUACUGACAACAAUCCGUAAUCUAGAGGACGUUUUACAGGUUUUUCUGUGAUGGCUGAGCCCAGAAUAUGUUCCAUUGAUGGAAAGUUAACUGAGGAGUUUGCCAUUCCCUCCCACGUUGAGGAGGUCAAGGAGAAGAUGGCUGCCUUUGCCAGGUUCCAUGCAGAAGCAGGUCGCAGGGUGGUUCUUAUCACAUCCGGUGGCACCAAAGUUCCUCUGGAGUCCCGCACGGUUCGCUUCCUCGAUAAUUUCAGCAGCGGCAGACGAGGAGCCGCCUCUGCAGAGUACUUCAUAGACUCAGGCUAUGCUGUCAUUUUCCUACACAGGCAUCACUCUCUCUACCCUUACACCCGGAUGUUUGUAACCAUUAACAUGCUGGAUGCCCUGCAGUUUAUGGGUGGAGGAGAAGGGGCAGCUGGUAAUGGUGCUGAAGUCGUGGUUAACCAGCAGGUGCUUCCAAACAUUGCAAAAGUAUUAAAGCGAUAUCAGGAAGUGAAAGAUGGUGGUCUUCUUCUGCCCAUAGAGUUCAACACACUGUCAGAGUAUCUCCAUUUGCUCAAAGCAGCAGCACAGGCACUCAACUCAAUAGGAUCAAAGGCCAUGUUUUACUUGGCUGCAGCUGUGUCUGAUUUCUACAUACCAACAUCGGAGAUGCCUGAACACAAAAUCCAGUCAUCCAACGGACCUCUUCAACUCAGCAUGAAGAUGGUCCCCAAGAUUCUGUCCCCCCUCGUUAAGGACUGGGCACCUCAAGCGUUCGUCACAUCCUUUAAACUGGAGACGGAUGCAUCCAUCCUGCUCGACAAGGCGCGCGGGGCUCUGGACACUUACAGGCACCAGGCAGUGGUGGCCAACGUUUUGGACUCCAGACGGGGCUACGUGGUGGUGGUGACUCCUGAAACUCAGGCUGAGCUGAUCCUCAGUAAGGAGGACGUGAAGAAGGAGGUGGAGAUAGAGGAAAGGAUCGUGAGCAACCUGACGUCUGAGCACUCCAAGUUUAUGACUCAAGCUGCUUCAGCGAAAUGAUCUCCCAGAAGUUUGGUUUUAGCGA